CACUAGAAUGGAAAAUCGAUAGCCAUGAAUUCGACUGUAAAUUUUGUUUGCUUUUGUUAUCGUGAUGACGGGGAUAUUGGGACAGUGGUGGUGAUGAUGAAGUCGUCGGAGUCAUCGCCGCCUGGGACAAGGAGCGGGAGUCCCGGGACCGGCAGCGAAGACUCUGACCGUGGUGACGACUCCGGCCACGUCCUCUUCAAAGAAACCAGCUCCAGGAAAAGGUACAGGCAUGCAGCAAUGUAACUAAUUAAGAGUUACAAAAAUGUAGUAUUAAUACUAAUUAAGUAAUUAUUAACCACUUGCUCCCCCCCCAAUCAAUGUGACUAACUGCAUGUGCUGCUGUCUGCUGACUAAUUAUGGUAAUUAUAAGUAAAUUUGAAGCGAAACUUUUUUUUUGUCAAAAGAUAUCAUAUAUUGAUCCAAACAGAAGAUAGUUACACCCUGGAAACCAGUCAGGUCUGGAAAUCAAAGAAGCGACUCAUAGUCGGAUACAAAGAGAGGGCUUUCCUAUCUACCAAAUGAGCUACUCUAUUGUUCUCCCGACCUACAAAACGCACACUAAAGCCAGGCUGAGCACGAAAAUAAUGAUCAAUCUCUUCCAGAACAGCACCCAACCGGCUAUCUCUUGUGUUGGCCUGAUUAAUUUUGUCAAUUAUCACUUUUGCAUUACCCUCAAAACGGACCUCCGACAAACCUUGCUCCACACACCAAAUAAUAGCUUUCCUAAGCACAAGCAAUUCCACCACUGCCGGAUAAUCCAUUUGAGCAAACUGGACCCCUCUAGCCAGAAAGAGUGUCCGCGCUGGGUCAAAAAUAACCAUCCCACCAGCCGAAUGAGACCCACCCUUAGUAGCCCCGUCCCACAUGCAAACCAAAUGGGAAUCAUCCAAUUGUGCUGUAGAGUGCAUUAUCGAGGUUAGUACCCUAGGCGCAUGGUCCGCUGGUGCACCCACCCAUUCCUCAUACUGUUGGUUAAACAGUCGCAUGAGUGUUGGAAUCCCAAAUUGUUUGCCUUCAAAGGCCACCCAAUUCCGAGAUCGCCAGAUCCUCCAAAGGAUGGCAAUAACAGCCAUAACCAGUGACAGUUGAUGGAUCAAACCCAACAGACGUUUGAGAAACAAAGAAAAAGUCUGGCGAGGCAAACCCUCUCCCAAGUAUUCCAGCCCAGAAUAAUCCCAGAGAGCCCGCGCCACUGGACAAUAAAGGAGCAAGUGUUCCAUUGUCUCCGGGCCGUCCCAACAAACUUGACACCGAGGUAGCACCUGGACCUUUUUCUCAAUAAGCGCCUCCAUACCAUCACAGAUUUCGGGCGAUUUAUCUGAAAUGCCAUUUUCUUUCGAUUCUGGAGGCUACAGAUCACGGAAUCAGGCAGAGGCUAUUCUCCACCGAUAAUGAAGUCUAUUGAUCCUAUUCUCCACGGAUGAUACGUCAGUUAAGCAUCGAUUUGGGCCAAUUUAUUUUUGGAUGACAUUUUCGUAAUUUCUUGGGCGACGAAAGACCAUUUUCGUUGGAUAUUGAAGGCUACAGAUCACGGAUUCGGCCUGAGGCUAUUCUCCAACGAUGAUUGAGUCCAUUAAGCACCGAUUUGGGCGGAUUUAUUCCGGGUCAAUUUUUGGCAGAUUCCAAAGGGGUACCAUCAGUCCAUAACAGAUUUCAGGCGAUUUAUUCGAAAUGCCAUUUUCUUUAGAUUCUGGAGGCUAGAGAUCACGCAAUCAGGCCGAGGCUAUUCUCCACCGAUAAUGAAGUCUAUUGAUCCUA